CCCAACCCUGGGGGCUCGGGUUCGAGUGGCAGCGCCUGGGACCCUGAACCCGCAGUCUUGGACACUGCCAGGCUUGAUGCCUGGGGCCGGCUUCGCAGUGUCCCCACAAGGACCUCCUCCCCCCGCCCCCCAGCAGCCCAAGGACAACGUGUGUGGCGGAGCGAGGAGCCACUGCCCCCGCGGGAGCAGGGCAGUGCCCUCAGAGGGGCACCCACCCGCGAUGUCCUGCUGGUCUCUGCCAUCAUCACCGUCAGCCUUAGCGUCACAGUCGUCCUCUGCGGCCUCUGCCACUGGUGUCAGCGCAAACUGGGCAAACGCUACAAGAACUCCCUGGAGACGGUGGGCACGCCAGACUCGGGGCGCGGGCGCAGCGAGAAGAAGGCCAUCAACGAUCUAGACAGAGACUUUUGGAAUAACAAUGAAAGCACAGUGCAGCAGAAAUGGAGCUCCUACCCUCCCAAGGAGUUUAUUCUAAACAUUUCACCCUACGCCCCUUAUGGCGACCCACGACUGUCCCUCAAUGGCACCCUCCUGUCGGGCGCCAAAGUGGCCGCCGUGGCGGGGCUGGCGGUGGAGCGGGAAGGCCGGCUGGGGGAGAAGCCGGCGCCGGUGCCACCACCCGGAGAGGACGCCUUGAGAAGCGGCGGGGCUGCCCCCAGCGAGCCGGGCAGCGGUGGCAAGGCGGGGAGAGGCCGCUGGCGGACGGUGCAGAGCCACCUGGCCGCAGGGAAGCUCAACUUGUCCAAUUUCGAGGACUCCACCCUGUCCACGGCCACUACCCUUGAGUCUAUCCCCAGCUCCACGGGAGAGCCGAAAUGCCAGCGACCCCGCACCCUGAUGCGGCAGCAGAGCCUGCAGCAGCCCCUGAGCCAGCACCAGCGGGCCCGGCAGCCCAGCCAGCCCACCACCAGCCAGAGCCUGGGCCAGCUGCAGGCCCACGCGGCCUCGGCACCGGGCUCCAACCCCCGGGCCUAUGGCCGAGGCCAGGCUCGGCAGGCCACCUCGGCCGGCUCCAAGUACCGGGCGGCCGGGGGCCGCAGCCGCUCCAACCCGGGCAGCUGGGACCACGUGGUGGGGCAGAUUCGAAACCGAGGCUUGGACAUGAAAUCCUUCCUGGAAGGCCGGAUGGUGGUGCUAUCCUUGGUCUUAGGGCUUUCGGAACAGGAUGACUUUGCCAAUAUCCCUGACCUGCAAAACCCAGGAACCCAGCAGAACCAGAACGCUCAGGGGGACAAGAGGUUGCCCGCAGGAGGUAAGGCCAUGAACACGGCCCCAGUGCCAGGCCAGACGCCCCACGAUGAGUCUGACCGCCGGACCGAGCCCCGCUCCUCCGUCUCGGACCUCGUCAACUCCCUCACCAGCGAGAUGCUCAUGCUGUCCCCAGGCUCGGAGGAGGACGAGGCCCAUGAGGGCUGCAGCCGAGAGAACCUGGGCAGGAUCCAGUUCAGCGUCGGCUACAACUUCCAGGAGUCCACGCUCACCGUGAAGAUCAUGAAGGCCCAGGAGCUGCCGGCCAAGGACUUCAGCGGCACCAGCGACCCCUUCGUCAAGAUCUACCUGCUGCCGGACAAGAAGCACAAGCUGGAGACCAAGGUGAAGCGGAAGAACCUGAACCCCCACUGGAACGAGACCUUCCUCUUUGAAGGUUUUCCCUACGAGAAGGUGGUACAGAGGGUCCUCUACCUCCAAGUCCUGGACUACGACCGUUUCAGCCGUAACGACCCCAUCGGGGAGGUGUCCAUCCCCCUCAACAAGGUGGACCUGACCCAGAUGCAGACCUUCUGGAAGGAUCUGAAGCCAUGCAGCGAUGGGAGUGGGAGCCGAGGGGAGCUGCUCCUGUCUCUCUGCUACAACCCCUCUGCCAACUCCAUCAUCGUGAACAUCAUCAAAGCCCGGAACCUCAAAGCCAUGGACAUCGGGGGCACAUCAGACCCCUACGUGAAGGUGUGGCUGAUGUACAAAGACAAGCGGGUGGAGAAGAAGAAGACGGUGACGAUGAAGAGGAACCUGAACCCCAUCUUCAACGAGUCCUUCGCCUUCGACAUCCCCACGGAGAAGCUGAGGGAGACGACCAUCGUCAUCACCGUCAUGGACAAGGACAAGCUCAGCCGCAACGACGUCAUAGGCAAGAUCUACCUGUCCUGGAAGAGUGGGCCAGGGGAGGUGAAGCACUGGAAGGACAUGAUUGCCCGUCCCCGGCAGCCUGUGGCCCAGUGGCACCAGCUCAAGGCCUGAGAGGGGCCACGGGAGGCCCAGGGGGCAAAGGCCCAGGUCCCCAUCAUGCCCUCACCCACUUUAUGCACAAUGCCUGGCCUGCCCCUGUGCCGCCACGGGUGAGGGGAGGACUCUGAGGGCUCAGCCAGGGAGGGGUCCCGGGACUCAAUGGGGCCCCACUCUAGGAAGCACCAGCCCCACCCUGCACCGGUCCAGCUCAGGGUGGAGCUCUGGGAGCCAUUUUCCUGCUUUGCCCCUUUCCCUCCUGACUCGCUGAUACUAAAGAAGUGGGGGAGAGCUCGAAAGCCAGCCGGGCAGACGGGCAGAUCCCUCCAGAGGCCCGCCAGGUGGGCAUGGCCCCCCGUUUUCUUUAAGGCAGUGCCUGGAGUGGAGAGAAGCCGCCCCUCCUACAGCCGCGGUUGCGGGCCCGAGAGACUGGAGCCGGGGCGUUUGGCCCUGGCUCAGCCAAGACAGGCCCAGCCCCAGGGCAGUCUCAGGUGCCGCCUGGGCCCUGAAUGCCAAGGGUAGUGUGUAGCCCGCUCCUGGGUCCUGGAGCCCGGGCCCUGUGUACUUGUGUUGUGUCCACUGUGUGUGUGUGUCUGUGUGUGUGAGAGAGAGAGAAAGGUGGGGGCGCUUGCUCCCUGUCCCCCUGGGGCCAGCAGUGCUAAGACUGUGGGAAAGCAAGCUUUCGUGAAGGCAGGCUGGGGCUGGAGGUCCGGAGAGGUCUGGGCUGGGGGUCAGGGCCAGUGGAGGAGGGGAGAGGGGCAGACGGGCAGCUGCCUGUUUGCCAUCCCCCUCUCCUCACCCUGUCCCCUCAGGGACCUCCUCUGCUCAGAAUCCUCCAGUGACUUCAUCUCUUGGACAUCCUUUCACAACUUUUAGGCACCUCUUGUGUGCACAGCAUUUCGCCAGGAUGCACCUGCUCCCCUCUUGCUCAGGGGUCCCAAUCCCCCACUAGCUCUUCCCCAGCACCUUUACCCAGACUCCCCCCUCCUUCCAGGUCUCGGAUUCCAGCCAAAUUGGAACCUCGCUCCACGCUCUCAGCUUCCCCGCCCUUCCUCCUCCCUCCCUGCCUGUGCAGACCCGGCCCCCUCCUCACUCCCCGACCCUCAACCCCCCUGGUGCGCGGACACCUUCCCUUUCCUUCCCCGUCCUCUGAGUCGUUUCUGAUCUUCCAUCACCUGUCUCCUCACCUUCCCCACCCCUCCCUGGGCCUCCAGAAGAGCUCCUUCUGGCCCUCCCACCGCCGCAGGCAAAUAAGCAGGGACCGGUCCAGAAUUCUGAGGCUUCCCCACACAAAGAAGCUGUGGUUUCUCCUCCCCAGCUAUGGCUGAGACUAGACCCGGCUUCUCCUUGGAGACAGCAGAUUUCACAAUGAUCCCUGCUUAAGCCCUCUCAUCCCUUCGCUGGCCCUGUAUUGAUACAAGACCCAGCUGGUGACAGUUUCAAAUCCUGGGGUUCCACGUGCCUGGGCCGGACAUUCGCAGGACACACCGCCAGGUGGCGCCAGAACACCACGUCUGUGGUCACGGUCUUGCACGACAGUUCUACCCAGGAUGCGCCUGGCACCCCAGGGAGAGUUCCCACAGGGUCCCCACAUCUAGAGCACAGUGAAAGCGUAGACGUUCGGAAGCCACUUUCCUUCCGCGGGCUUCCCCUUGAGCGUUCCUUCUACGCCAUAGUCAGGCCACCUUUUGCCCAUGUCAAAAUGUGCCCCCCACCACCACCACCACCCCGUCCCUGCCCCUGGGAUCCAGAGGACUAUCAUACUUAGUAGGUGAACCGUUUUAUAGAGUGAAGAAUGCUAAUAAUGUAAAGCAAAUAGUCGCCCACAUUCCUUGUAAAUCCAAAUGUUCCUCUAGUCUAGCUUUGCUUUAAAUGGGGUCUGCCCCAACAGGUCGGUUUUGGGGAGCAGUCCCCAGCAGGGUCCCUGGAGGCUGUGUGGAAGUAGGAAGGCAGAAGUAGGAGGCCGAGGGACCUAGCAAAUCUCCGCCCCUCCCUCGGAUCCGCCGGGUUUCCAACGCACCACCCCCAAGUGGCCAGUGGCGAGGCAGCGAGCCCCACCCAGGGCCCCGGGUUCACACCGAGACGGUGAAGCCACGGCAUCCCCUGCCCGAGCCCCGCCCACGGAACUCUUAGCCAAUCACAUGCAGAGAGCUGCCCCGGAGGAGUCCGCUCUCAGUUGGACCCCAGGCGGCACGCAGAUGCCCCCGCCUGGGUUCCCCAACACCCCACCGCCACCGCCACCCCCGGGGCCCGCUGGGGCUCGCUCCCGGAAGCCGGCGAGGGUCUGCAAAUGGUGGUCUGAGGGCCAGGUGGGCUGGCACGAGAGGCCGCAGGUGAUCUGGGGUGGAGACAGGACAGUCUAGGGCGAUCAGAGAGCAAGGAAUGGGGGAACUUGAGGGCGGGGGAGGGCACCAGAGCCCUGCCGCCGUCCCAGGAUCCUGGGCAAGUCACCCACACUCCCUGGGCCUCAGUUUCCCUAUCUGUAAAAUGAUGGUAAUAAUACUUCACCUACCUCAUGGGGAGGUUGUGAGGCCGUCACCUGAUCUGGGGGUCGAAGCAGGAGGACUCUGAAGGUGCUACCCCGGAGCAAAGUAUUAUUACCGCAGGCUGAGAGCAAGGCCCACCUGCCCUUCCCCCACAGAGCCUCCAGGGACAGCGAGGCCUCCAGGGCCGACUGUCUCUUCACUGUGUUCCAGCGCCCCUCAGUGUCAUCUAUACCACCUUUGUGGGCACCCUAGACGUAGUUGUUACCUUGUUCCUUUCUUGUGACCAUCUCUCCCACUGUAACUGCUGUACAAAUUCUACCUGCCCCGGGACCCCCACACCUGCCUUCAGGCACCAGAGGCCAGGCCAGGGACCAAGGAAUACAGCCACAAAAAAGCCAAGGGGGGAUGCCCAGCCCAGCUGGGGCCCCAGGGGGUGGAGAUGGGUGGCCGCUGUUUGUAUUGUGUUUGAGUCCUUGAGCGCAAGUGUUUUAUAAAAAAAUAAAACAAAAACCCACUUCCACAAAAAAAAAAAAAAAAAAAUUUGCAGCAAAGAGAAAUGAAGAAAAAACUGGAGAAGAAAAAAAAACAUACAAAAUUUUUCCACCACACGCACCCUCUAAGCCAGCAAGAUUUCCUCUUUGCAAAAUCAUAUUUUUGUGGGAACCGGCCCUGCUUUUUGUGGCAAGGCCUGUUCUGAUUAAUAAAGGAUCGUGAAAAAGCA